AUGGAAACAGGGCAAACAGACAUUGAGAAAACUGGCGAUACUGACCCCGUCGUACACAGCGGAGCGUCCAGCGAAGAAUUUUUCGAAGCAAUUAAUACCUCCCAGCUACAAACACCCUUGGCCGCACACAUUGACCGGUUCGAACGAUUGGAGCUGCCACCGUUUUGGAGCCAACAAGUCCAAUUAUGGUUUGCCGCAGUCGAGGCGCAGUUCCAGCUCAGGAAGAUCACAGCGGAUGCAACGAAAUACUAUGCAGUAGUCGCCCGCCUGGACCAAGACGCGCCUAUGAUUGUGGGGAACAUCGUGGCGAACCCACCCUUGUCAGAUAAGUAUAUUGCGCUAAAGGAGGCUCUGGUCGACCAUUUUGAAAUUCCGCAGGACCGCCGGUUCAAAAUGCUGCUGUCUGGAAUUGAGUUGCGGGAACGAGGCCCUACUGAACUUUUGGCAGAAAUUAAUCGGCUAGGAGGAAACAAUCUGGACCCAUCAUUCGUCCGCUCGAUGUGGCUGAAUCGACUUCCUCUACAGAUUCAAUUAGCACUCACCGCUACUGGUGAACAGGACAAUGCCAAACUCGCACAGACAGCAAACAGGCUUAUGGCAAUUCAGCGUGACUCCGAAAACCACUGCGUAAUGCCAAUCGCCCGAGAGACUGUGUGCAGUGGUAUACAGAAGCAACUGGACGAGCUAGCUAAACAGGUCGAGAAACUAUCACAGAAACUUAGCAGAUCGACAGUGGGCGAAGACAGGCAGAAACGCUUCAACAACUCGACAAACGUAUCUCGCAGCACCACCGACAAUACGUCAACAUCCACGUGCUAUUAUCAUCGGAGAUUCGGCGAACGUGCUAAAAAGUGCACGCAGCCUUGUGCUUUUCAGGGAAACGCCAAUCGCCCCCAGUAG